AAGCGAGGAAUGGGGACGAAGAUGGCAGACUUCGAUUCCCCUCAGAAGCUGUCAGGUGUGCCUUCGCCGCCUGACGGGGUGGGAGGAGGCAGCUGCUCAGAAAUCUCCACCGAGCUCAUUCGCUCCCUGACCGAGCUGCAGGAGCUGGAGGCUGUGUACGAACGGCUCUGCGGCGAGGAGAAAGUGGUGGAGAGAGAGCUGGAUGCUCUUUUGGAGCAGCAAAACACCAUUGAAAGUAAAAUGGUCACCCUCCACCGGAUGGGUCCAAAUCUACAGUUGAUUGAAGGAGAUGCAAAGCAGCUGGCUGGAAUGAUCACCUUUACCUGCAACCUAGCUGAGAAUGUGUCAAGCAAAGUCCGUCAGCUUGACCUGGCCAAGAAUCGCCUCUAUCAAGCCAUUCAGAGAGCUGAUGACAUCUUGGAUCUGAAGUUCUGCAUGGAUGGAGUUCAGACUGCUUUGAGAAAUGAAGAUUAUGAGCAGGCUGCAGCCCAUAUUCAUCGCUACUUGUGCCUGGACAAGUCAGUCAUCGAGCUCAGCCGACAGGGCAAAGAAGGCAGCAUGAUUGAUGCCAACCUGAAACUGCUGCAGGAAGCUGAGCAGCGCCUCAAAGCCAUUGUCACAGAGAAGUUUGCCGUUGCCACGAAGGAAGGGGACCUGCCCCAGGUGGAGCGCUUCUUCAAGAUCUUCCCACUGCUGGGCUUGCACGAGGAGGGAUUAAGCAAGUUCUCGGAAUAUCUUUGCAAGCAGGUGGCCAGUAAAGCUGAGGAGAACCUCCUGUUAGUUCUAGGCACAGACAUGAGUGAUCGAAGAGCUGCAGUCAUCUUUGCAGAUACAUUGACUCUUCUGUUUGAAGGAAUCGCCCGAAUUGUGGAGACCCAUCAACCAAUAGUGGAAACGUAUUAUGGGCCAGGCAGACUUUAUACCCUGAUAAAAUACCUGCAGGUGGAAUGUGACAGACAGGUAGAGAAGGUGGUAGACAAGUUCAUCAAGCAGAGGGACUACCAACAGCAGUUUCGGCAUGUCCAGAGCAACUUGAUGAGAAAUUCUACAUCAGAAAAAAUAGAGCCAAGGGAACUGGAUCCUAUCCUGACUGAGGUCACCCUGAUGAAUGCCCGCAGUGAGCUGUACCUGCGCUUCCUCAGGAAAAGGAUCAGCUCAGAUUUUGAGGUGGGGGACUCCAUGGCCUCGGAAGAAGUCAAACAAGAGCACCAGAAGUGCCUGGACAAACUCCUCAAUAACUGCCUACUUAGCUGUACCAUGCAGGAGCUCAUUGGUCUCUAUAUCACCAUGGAGGAGUACUUCAUGAGGGAGACUGUGAACAAGGCUGUGGCCCUGGACACCUAUGAGAAGGGCCAGCUGACGUCCAGCAUGGUGGACGACGUCUUCUACAUUGUUAAGAAGUGCAUCGGGCGGGCCCUGUCUAGCUCCAGCAUCGACUGCCUCUGCGCCAUGAUCAACCUCGCCACCACAGAGCUGGAGUCUGACUUCAGGGACGUCCUGUGUCACAAGCUGCGGAUGGGCUUCCCAGCCACCACCUUGCAGGACAUCCAGCGCGGAGUGACCAGCGCCGUGAGCAUCAUGCACAGCAGCCUGCAGCAGGGCAAGUUUGACACCAAAGGCAUCGAGAGCACCGACGAGGCCAAGCUGUCCUUCCUGGUGACGCUGAAUAACGUGGAAGUCUGCAGCGAAAACAUCUCCACUUUGAAGAAGACCCUGGAGAGUGACUGCACCAAGCUCUUCAGCCAAGGCAUUGGAGGCGAGCAGGCCCAGGCCAAGUUUGACAGCUGCCUCUCUGACUUGGCCGCCGUGUCCAGCAAAUUCCGAGACCUCCUGCAGGAAGGGCUGGCGGAGCUGAACAGCACAGCCAUCAAGCCGCAGGUGCAGCCGUGGAUCAACACCUUCCUCUCUGUCUCCCACAACAUCGAGGAGGAGGAAUUCAGUGACUAUGAGGCCAACGAUCCUUGGGUUCAACAGUUCAUCCUUAAUCUGGAGCAGCAAAUGGCAGAGUUCAAGGCCGGCCUGUCCCCAGUCAUCUACGACAGCCUGACCAGCCUCAUGACCAGCCUCGUCGCAGUCGAGUUGGAGAAAGUGGUGCUGAAGUCCACCUUCAACCGGCUGGGCGGUCUGCAAUUCGACAAGGAGCUGAGGUCACUCAUCGCCUACCUCACCACGGUGACCACAUGGACCAUCCGAGACAAGUUUGCCCGGCUCUCCCAGAUGGCCACGAUCCUCAAUCUGGAGCGGGUGACUGAGAUCCUGGAUUACUGGGGCGCCAACUCGGGCCCGCUGACGUGGCGCCUCACGCCUGCUGAAGUGCGCCAGGUGCUGGCUCUGCGCAUAGACUUCCGCAGCGAGGACAUCAAGAGGCUGCGCCUGUAGCUGCCGCAUGAGCCCAGCCGGCCCGUGGCUCUUCGGGGCCAUCCCGAGUGGCCGCAUCCAGGACCUGAGCACGGCUGUCUAGUGCGGCAGAGCUCUGAUAACGCAAAGUUCCCCUGCUGGCAGCGGGGAAACAAGACUUUGAUUCAGUCCAUUCUCUGUUCUCAGACCUGUCGGGGUGCUUUAGGGGACAGUGUCUCCCCAUCAAGAGAGGUGGGUCCACCUUGGCUUCUAACUUGGUGGGAACGCCAGGGUGGGCCAGCCUUCCACACGGAGGGCCAUCCUCUCGUCCUUGGGCACGGCAGCACAUGAGCUGCCUCCCUGCCAGUCCUGAAGGACUUGGCUUGAUCUGGGGACCUGAGGUUUACUCUGAGGAGAGGCUGUGAUACUUAUGGUCGCCCUGAAUAAACAGGCUCCUUGAA